ACCCCUACCCAUAUCAUGGGCAUUUCAUUGAUAUUUUACUUUUUCAUUAUCACAAAUACAUUUGUCACUGCUCAAGAUGAUGCUGCACCUGCUAAAUCAUUUCCAGUUUUUACCCCUGAAGACAAUUUUCUCAUUGAUUGUGGUGCAACUUCCCCGAUCACACUUCCGGGGAAUAAAGUUUUUCAACCUGAUCAAAACGCCGCGAAAUACCUUUCCUAUAGUGGUAAGGACAUUCAAGCAUGUGCUUCGGAGAAAAUCAACGUUCCUUCAACGAUAUAUCUUAACGCGAAAAUCUUCACAACUGAAGCUACGUACACGUUUCAUGCCAGUACUUCUGGUUUGCAUUGGAUCAGACUACAUUUUUUUCCCUUUAAAUACAACGAAUACGAUCUCAAAACAUCUAAAUUUUCUGUUAGAACGGAUACAUUAGUCCUCCUUCGUGAUUUCCAAAUCGGGAAAGAUGAGGCUAUUGUCAAGGAGUUUGUUGUUAAUGUCACCAUGGAGCGUUAUGCUAUUAAAUUCUUGCCAGCUGAAGGAUCUGUGGCAUUCGUUAAUGCUAUCGAAUUCGUUACUGUUCCUCCCAAAAUGCUUGAUUAUUCUGUACCUGUACUUUUCCCCGUGUCACAGAAAUUUGAUCUUUCUAAAAGUAAUUUUGAGACAAUGUAUAGGCUUAAUGUUGGUGGUCCUGCUUUGGAUUCAACGAAUGAUACUCUUGGACGAAACUGGAUGUCUGAUGCACAAUUUCGAAACAAUGCCACAGGUGAAGAGGUAUCGACACAAGCCUCUGCUAUUAAUUAUCUGAAAUCAUCAGGAGGUUCUCCGUUAAUUGCGCCACCAACAGUUUAUAGUUCUGCUAUAAAGAUGGCAAAUUCAGAAACUACACUUCCUAAUUUUAACAUAUCAUGGACAAUGGAUAUUGACACUGUAUAUCCCCACAUGAUUCGCCUACAUUUCUGCGAUAUUAUUAGCAAAGCGCUUAAUGAACUCUAUUUCAAUGUGUACAUUAAUGACAAAAUGGCUAUUUCCGGGCUAGAUUUGUCAGCAUUGACUAAUCAUUUGUCUACAGCUUAUUACAAGGAUUUUGUUGUGGAUUCCUCCAUGGUGUCUAACCCGCUCGUUGUACGUGUUUCUCCUGUGAAUGAUGCUCAAGGUUUUAGAAAUGCAAUUCUAAAUGGCCUGGAGGUGUUUCGAAUGAAUAACUCUGUGGGUAGCUUAGAUGGGGAAUAUGGUGUUGAUGGACAAAAACAAAGUGGUCCAAGUAAAACAGUGGCUUAUGUUGGAUUUGCAAUGAUGUUUGGAGCCUUUGUGGGGUUGGGUGCAAUGGCUGUCAAAUGGCAAAAGAGACCUCAAGAUUGGCACAAGAGGAAUAGUUUUUCAUCUUGGUUACUUCCGGUUCACGCUGGUGAUUCAACUUUUAUGUCAUCAUCUUCGCGCAGCAAGAGCCAAUUCUUCUCAUCAAAAAAUAUGGGAUUAGGUCAAUACUUUAGUUUUGCUGAAUUAUCAGAUGCCACUAGAAACUGGGAACCUAGUGAAAUAAUCGGUGUUGGUGGCUUUGGAAAUGUUUAUUAUGGAGAACUUGAUGAUGGGACAAAAGUUGCCGUCAAGAGAGGAAAUCCACAAUCUGAACAAGGUAUAAAUGAAUUCCAGACUGAAAUUCAAAUGUUAUCUAAGUUAAGGCAUCGACAUUUAGUGUCGUUGAUUGGGUAUUGUGAUGAAAGCUCUGAGAUGAUAUUGGUUUAUGAGUUUAUGCAAAAUGGUCCAUUGAGAGAUCAUCUCUAUGGAAAGAACAUGCCGCCUUUAUCUUGGAAACAAAGAUUAGAUAUCUGUAUUGGUGCUGCUCGCGGGCUUCAUUACCUCCACACAGGUGCAUCUACUGGAAUUAUACAUAGAGAUGUCAAAACGACCAACAUUUUGCUUGAUGAAAAUUUUGUCGCCAAGAUGGCUGAUUUUGGGCUAUCAAAAGAUGGACCGACAACAGAACAGACUCACGUGAGCACUGCUGUGAAGGGAAGUUUUGGCUACUUGGAUCCUGAAUACUUUAGGAAGCAACAGCUGACAGACAAAUCUGAUGUCUACUCAUUCGGGGUUGUACUUCUUGAAGCCUUAUGCGCUCGUCCUGCUAUUAAUCCAGCACUACCAAGAGAGCAAGUGAAUUUGGCAGAAUGGGCAAUGCAGUGGAAAAGAAAAGGAUUAUUGGACAAGAUAAUUGAUCCGACACUUGUAGGACAAAUUGAUCCAGAGUCGAUGAAGAAAUUUGCGGAAGCAACAGAGAAGUGUUUGGCUGAAUAUGGUGUUGACAGACCUACUAUGGGUGACGUUUUGUGGAAUUUGGAGUAUGCGUUGCAUAUGCAAGAAGCCUCAUUACAAGGAAAGAUAGAGGACGUCGAUAACAGACCAAUUGUUGCACCAGUUUCUCCUGCUACAGUGGCCCAUGCUACUGAUAGCCAACAUAUUUCUUCAUCAGAGCAACAUAGAAAUCAUACUGAAGUUCAAGCCAUUGAUGAAAAUUCAGGAACUGCUAUAUUUGCUCAAUUUGCUCCUCUCCAUGGACGAUAA